AGUGCUAGCUAGCUCUCAUUAACAGGUGACUGCUCACGCUAUAGGCCCACAUUCACUCGGCCACAAAGCUAGGACACUCCAAGUGUAAAAGCCAAAACUGAAAUGUAUGAUUUUAAACACACUCCUCUAACCACUGGAAAUCCAAGGGGCGCCCUGCGUCAGUCGUGGGCACCUUUUUCAGGAUGGGAGCCAAGAAGCCAUAACGUACUUGGUUAACCACCGAUUCGGAGGUCCCAGUUGAGGCAGGUCCGCCUCCUCUCCGUAUCUGAAGAUCCUCCCAGUCCCCGGGCUCCCGAGUUACGCAGGCCCCACCCCCGGGAGCCACGCCCGCCUGGGGGCCCCCACAAGGACGCUGGGCGGGUCCCGAGUUACCAAAACCUCACUAGUCCCGAGGCAACAGACUCGCUGCGGGGGGACCGGAAGAGGAAAGCGGGUUGUCAGUCUAGCCGGAUGGGCGGGCGUACGCAGACUCCCUGGGCUCGGCCCACCACGGGGCAGUCAGAGCGUCCUUGUCGCCAUGAAAACAGACCACGCCCCGGCCGUUCCAGGCCGUGGUCCGCGAGUGCGCAGGCGCGCGCGCCCUCCCGCGCAUGAGCAGUGCUGCUCGGAGCCCGCCAGCCACGGUCUCCGGCGCCAGCUACGCCGCCGCCGCUGUCACUAUGGCCCAUUACAAAGUGAGGGGGGCGCGGCGGCGUGGCUGGGGGCGUGCGGGAGGUGGCCAGCCGCGGGUCGGCUCCGGGCCGCCGACUCGAAGCGCGAGCAGUUCCGGAGGUACUUGGAGAAGUCGGGAGUGCUGGACACGCUGACCAAGGCUUGCUCAGUAUGAACCACCUCAGGAGGAGAAGCGUGCUGAAUAGGAUUCUUCUCAGUUGAAAAGACACUGAAAAAUGUUUUGUAAGACUUGAAAUAGUUUGUAUAGUAUAUAAUCUUUUCUGAACAGAUGCUAUAGAACUUUUAUAUAUAUAUAUGUUAAAAUCACCUAUCACACUUUAACUGUUAUAAACACAUAUUCUUAUAAUCACCAAUAAAAACUAAAUAUAACCUUUUUUGGGUCUUAAAAGCAGGAGUAUCGAAAGUGAAUCCUGAAAAAAAAUCUAAACACAGGCAUCUAAUUCAUUACCUUAAAAGACAUUCUGUUUACUCGUCUGACUAGGAAUGUGGUACUGGUUGUAUUUUAGCUGAGGAAGGUUAGCAUGGAGCUGUUCCUUGGUUUAGUUCAGGAUACGAGCACAGGUACAGUCAUUCUUUAAAACGAAGAUGACAUGUUUAUAUUCUCCGUAGGCAGCUGGAGAGAUCUGUGUGCCAUGAGAUGCUUUGCAUGGAUUCUUAUGAAUCUUUUGCUCAUUAACAUAAUGCAGAAUAAAUAACUCCUCUUUGCCACCACUUUGCCUUAGAUAACUGUGUGUGCCAGUUUGAACUGACACCACGUUUUUCUUCUAUGCAUUCAUGCCCUAUUUGAUAAUGCUGCCUUGCUUGCCUCUUGCACAUUGUCUUUCCUGUGUUGAUUUUCAAUUUGCUGUAAUAGCAGUUACCCUGUUGUAACUUAUAUAACAUUAAACAGAUCACACUGUUUCCCUGCCUUACUUAGUUGCUCAGUUGAGCACAGAACAGAGGGAACAUAAAAUUCUGGGUUCAUUCACAAGCUGGGAUAAGAAGGAUAAUAAGCCAUUUAUAGAGGAAAAUUAUAGUUUGCUGGUAUAAUUAUAUAGUACUUUUUUCCUCAAAAUAUUUUUCUAGCCUUGAAUCUAUUUCAUCUUCAUUAUCCCUGUGAAGUAGGUAGGGCAAGUAUGAGGGGAGGUUGGGUGUUGAGUUUUUAGGCCAAAGACUGAUAUUAAUACAAAUCACUUACUGUUGAACCUUGGGCACAUAAGUUAACUGUUCUGAAAUUCACUUUCCACAUCUGUUAGUUGAGGAUAAUAUCUGUGCUGCCUACCUCACAGGGUUGUUGUGAGGGUCAAAUGGAAUGUAUGAAAGAUUUGUAAAUGGUAAAGCAUAGAUUCUUGUUCAUUA